CUCCUACUCUAGAAGAUGAGUCUCCUGGGGGAGCUGGGCGGCACUCUGACCGCGGCUCCGUCGCUGUCAGUGACCAGCAUCCUGCACACCGUGCAACUCCUGGCUGCGACCCUCAACUAUACUGCGCAGCCCUGGCCGCCCUCCGCCAGUGUGCGAGAUGGUGAAACCUUCGACUUCAUAAUAGCUGGUGGCGGCACUGCGGGGCUGGUGCUGGCCAACCGACUUACUGAAGUCAAGAACUGGCGUGUGCUAGUCGUGGAGGCUGGCGGGGACCCUUCGCUGUUUAGUGUUAUUCCUGGAACGUUUCCGUUCAUCACGCACACAGCUGAAGACUGGAACUACUUCAAUGAACGCACCAACGACACAUCUCAUGCCUUGAACCUGGAGAAGGCUUCUCUCACCAUCGGGAAAGUGUUGGGCGGGAGUUCUUCCAUUAACCACUUACUUUAUGAAAGAGGUAACCCGGAUGAUUACAAUUCUUGGAAGUCAUUUGGCAACGAAGGCUGGUCAUGGGAUGAAGUCACGUAUUACUUCAAGAAACUGGAAGGAGUAAUUGAUACAACGAUCUUUGACAGACCAACAGCAGAGCAACACUGUAGUAAUGGUCCAAUAAAAAUCCAAAAACAAAAGGAAAAUGCAAAAUUUAGAAAAAAUAAGGCAAAACUUCUGAGCGGAUUUGCAGAAAUUGGAAUGAAAACGCUUCCAGAUCUUAUAGGAGAAGACCAAAUGGGCAGCGCCAUUCAAGAUUUUCCGAUUAAUAGCGAUAAAACUAGAGCUAGCACAGCACAGAAUUAUCUGCAACCCAUACAAAAUCGGCCAAACUUGUAUGUGCUUAAAAACUGUUUGGUGAAAAAAGUUAUAAUUGAAAACGAUACUGCUGUGGGAGUUGAAGUAGAAACCGAUUCCGGUGACGAAAUGCAAUUGUUUGCUAACAUCGAAGUGAUUGUAUCAGCUGGUACUUACAACACACCGAAAGUACUGCUCCUAUCAGGUGUUGGACCAAAAGAUGAUUUGGAAUCAAUGAACAUAACAGUAAAAGCGAAUUUACCUGUUGGACUCAAUUUGCAAGAUCAUGCUUUCGUGCCGAUGGUAAUCACUGGUGAACGAAACUUGUUCACGACAGUUGAGUCAGCAUUAUCAUUGCUGGACCUAACCACGUUUCCACUGCCUGUAGUCAACGGCGCUUUCAGUCUAUCAGGCAAUGGCACAGUCCCAGACAUACAACAUAUUACAGCAAUAGGAGGAGCGUCAUCGCCAUUAUUCUUCUACUUUUUGUUCGUCAAUUUUAAUUUUAAUAUGACACUGACUAACGCCUUUAUUAAGAGUACGUCUGACCGGCAGAUUGUGUUUUCUUUGGUGCAAUUGAUGAGACCAGCGUCCAAAGGUUAUGUGAAGCUCCAGAGUACAAAUCCCCAAGAUCCACCGACCAUAAACCAUAAUUACUUGCAACAAGACGAGGAUCUUGAAAAACUUAUUGCAGGCCUCAAGAAAAUGUAUUCUUUGAAGGACACCAGCCCGUUUGCAAAAGAAGCUUCUAAAGCUAUUCUACCAGAUAUAGAAGUUUGUAAGAAGCAUAAAAAGGGCAGCGACGAUUACUUGCGAUGCUAUGUGAAGCAAACUGUUGGGACCACAUUCCAUCCUGUGGGCACUUGCAAAUUGGCGGCAAGAGAUAAAGGUGGAGUGGUAGACAGUAGACUCCGAGUCUACGGUAUCAGCAGACUGCGAGUGGUGGACGCCAGCAUCAUACCCGUGCAGCCGUGUGCCAAGACCUACGCUCCGACUGUCAUGAUCGCAGAGAAAGCCGCUGACAUGAUCAAACAAGACUACGGGAAGCCUGUUGAUGAAUUUGUUUGUAAGAAAGAUGAUGGUUUAGUGGAGGCAGAAGUGCAAGGCAACAAUAAUGAUGGAAUAUUGGGAGGCCUUUUAGGGUUGUAAAUAAUUAAUGAUGUUUUGUUAACUGAUACUAAAAUCGAUGACCUAGGUGAGUUCUUCGUAUACAAUGUGUAUUUUAUUGAUUAUGAUUCUAUUUAUGCUGAUAGGUAAAUAAAAGUUAUAAUUUUACGAAGUUAAGUUAUUGCUAUUGUAUUUUAAAUUAUAAAAAAUGCAUUGAA